AUGUCAAAGCCUCGAAAGGGCGUAAGCCAUGUACCAGAUCCUGAAUCCCUGUACUGCUGGCAGCACAAGGACCAAGCCGGGUCAGCCAAGCCCUGGGAUAAACCGAUUACUCCGGCAAAGCCACGAACCAGCAUCGAGACCUUAAUGGAUCGACUCGGUGUUCUCGAGAUCAAUGAUCAGCCGAGGCCUCCAGAAAUGCACCAAAGGCGGACAAACCAGAGUCUCGGUGAGAAACGCAAGCCUCGUCCAAGGCGCACCUUUUGCUGUUUUACGACUGUGGAUGAUUUUAGCGAAGACCACACGCCGUCCAGACCUGUUCAACGGCCUCAAAGUCGCCCAUCUCAAGGAGCGACACCCUCUCCUCAAAAUCUGCAAAGGCCUCGACCCUCUGCCGGGAAAGUGCACAAUGUUGCUCCUCAAUUGUCGCGACCAUCUGUCCCAAAUAGCAGGCAAACUUCGACCUCAUCCUGGAUCCCUACUACACUGUUGCCGGAAACAACAUCUCUCCUCCUAACAGAGCUCUCCAAGCCAAUCUCAUCAGCCGAUGAAGAUGGUUAUAUCUAUAUGUUCUGGGUAACACCCCAAACAGCCACAGCAAGCAAGAGUGGAGAUUCACCUCUACCUAGAGACAUCGCAUCAUCUCUACUACCAUCCGCACCACCAAACGACCAUCUCCGCCCACCAACGCAACCUCGCAGCGUAAGCGACGCCAUUCGCGCCGCGCGAGAUUUGAACGCUCUAACGUCCAAUCCAACACCAACCGCACCAGGCACGAUCCGACUCAAAAUCGGCCGUACAAAUAACGUCCACCGUCGAAUGAACGAAUGGACCAAUCAAUGCAAUUACGAUCUGACUUUGAUUCGCUAUUACCCGUAUACGUCAUCUUCAUCUGCAUCAUCGUCCCCAGCGAGGACACCUGCCGCGAGGAAGCGAGGAAAUAGUCACGCGGCUGUUGAUACAUUGGUUCCGGGUCGCAAAGUUCCCCAUGUUCACCGUGUGGAACGACUUAUUCAUCUCGAGUUAGGAGAGUUACGUCUUAGGGAUCUUGGCAAAUGUGGUGUUUGUGGGAAGGAGCAUCGAGAGUGGUUUGAGGUUGAGGCUGCGAAGGAGGCUUUGAGGAAGGUGGACGAAUGUGUGCGGAGGUGGAUUUCAUGGGGAGAGUCUAUGCCUUGA